CACGGCUGAGGCCCCGCCCCCCGCUUGUCGGCCGGCCCGCUCCUCCAGCGGAAGCCGGAAGCAAAAGCAGUCCCUGCUAGCCCCCGGCUCCGAACUCGGUGGUCUUGGAGGCUCCGCAAGAUGUGGGAGAAGAUGGCGGAAGAGGAGCCCUGGGCACAUAGUAGUGAAGGAGGCCGACCAGGAGACGCCCUCAGGUUCCCUAACACAACUCACGAAGGUUUCAAUGUCACCCUUCACACUACCCUGGUUGUCACCACGAAACUGGUACUCCCGACUCCUGCCAAGCCCAUUCUCCCUGUGCAAACGGGGGAGCAGGCUCAGCAGGAGGAACAGUCAAGCGGCAUGACCAUCUUCUUCAGCCUCCUCGUCUUAGCUAUCUGCAUCAUAUUGGUGCAUUUACUGAUCCGAUACAGAUUACAUUUCUUGCCAGAGAGUGUUGCUGUUGUUUCUUUAGGUAUUCUCAUGGGAGCAGUUAUAAAAAUUAUAGAGUUCAAAAAAUUGGCAAAUUGGAAGGAAGAAGAAAUGUUUCGUCCAAAUAUGUUUUUCCUCCUCUUGCUUCCUCCUAUUAUAUUUGAGUCAGGAUAUUCAUUACACAAGGGUAACUUCUUUCAAAAUAUUGGUUCCAUCACCCUGUUUGCUGUCUUUGGUACGGCAAUUUCCGCUUUUGUAGUAGGUGGAGGAAUUUAUUUUCUGGGUCAGGGGUUUUUUUUUUGUGUCUGUGUGUUUGUGUGUUUUAUUUUACAGGCUGAUGUAAUCUCUAAACUCAACAUGACAGACAGUCUUCCCGACUGGCUUCAUCCUCGGGCACGCUUGCCCCACACUGGCAGCACCGCCGGCUCUGGGCUCACGGCACCCGCACGUCAGCUCUCUAUGCCAGAAGGGCCAAUUGAAUUCCCGAGGACCUGGCGAAAUGCCUGCUUUGCGUUCGGCUCCCUGAUUUCUGCCGUCGACCCGGUGGCCACUAUUGCUAUUUUCAACGCGCUUCACGUGGACCCGGUGCUCAACAUGCUGGUUUUUGGAGAGAGUAUUCUCAACGACGCAGUCUCCAUUGUCCUGACCAACACAGCUGAAGGCUUAACGAGGAAAAAUAUGUCAGAUGUCAGUGGGUGGCAAACAUUUUUACAAGCCCUUGGCUACUUCCUCAAAAUGUUCUUUGGCUCAGCGGCACUCGGCACCCUCACUGGCUUAAUCUCUGCAUUAGUGCUAAAGCAUAUUGACUUGAGGAAAACGCCUUCCUUGGAGUUUGGCAUGAUGAUCAUUUUUGCUUAUCUUCCUUAUGGGCUUGCAGAAGGGAUCUCACUCUCGGGCAUCAUGGCCAUCCUGUUCUCGGGCAUCGUGAUGUCGCACUACACGCACCAUAACCUGUCCCCGGUCACCCAGAUCCUCAUGCAGCAGACCCUUCGGACCGUGGCCUUCCUGUGCGAAACAUGUGUGUUUGCAUUUCUUGGCCUGUCCAUUUUUAGUUUCCCUCACAAGUUUGAAAUUUCCUUUGUCAUCUGGUGCAUAGUGCUGGUACUGUUUGGCAGAGCAGUGAACAUUUUCCCUCUGUCCUACCUCCUGAAUUUCUUCCGUGAUCAUAAAAUCACACCGAAGAUGAUGUUCAUCAUGUGGUUUAGCGGCCUGCGGGGGGCCAUCCCCUACGCCCUGAGCCUGCACCUGGACCUGGAGCCCAUGGAGAAGCGGCAGCUCAUCGGCACCACCACCAUCAUCAUCGUGCUUUUCACCAUCCUGCUGCUGGGCGGCAGCACCAUGCCCCUCAUCCGCCUCGUGGACAUCGAGGACGCCAAGGCGCGCCGCAGGAGCAAGAAGGACGUCAACCUCAGCAAGACCGAGAAGAUGGGCAACACCAUCGAGUCAGAGCACUUGUCGGAGCUCACGGAGGAGGAGUAUGAAGCCCACUACAUCAGGCGGCAGGACCUCAAAGGCUUUGUGUGGCUGGACGCCAAGUACCUGAACCCCUUCUUCACGCGGCGGCUAACUCAGGAGGACCUCCACCACGGGCGCAUCCAGAUGAAAACCCUCACCAACAAGUGGUACGAGGAGGUGCGCCAGGGCCCCUCCGGCUCCGAAGAUGACGAGCAGGAGCUGCUGUGACGGAGCAGGGCGCCCCGUCCGGCCUCCUCGCGGCUCCCGCGACGGACGCUCGCAUGUGGCAGCCUCUUCAGGGGAGAUGGAAACAGGGGGAAGUGAAGGCCGUCCCUGGCUCUUGGAGCCGGCCGUCUGCUUCUGAAGUAGGUCAUGUCCCCGGCCUGAACGGAGCCAGACCCCUUCUCAGCCCGCAGAUCGGAGGGAACAGCUGUCCAGGUACACCUUCCUUCCGCUUCUGCGGCCGGAGUGCAGAGUCCUCUGCUGGACUGAGGGGCCUCAGAAGAGAGGCCAUGCCCCGCUGUGGAGCCUGCCGUGAGCGGGGCUGCUGGGGAGCUGGGGAGCUGGGGGAGCUUGCAGCUUCUGCCAUUCCCACCCACGGCCUUCAUCACGGGAGUGCCUGUUCUAGCAGCGCGAGGAGCCAGCCGCCAUUUCCCUUUGGUCAUCGAGGUGCCUCUGGUCUCAGCAGCAGCAGUUCUGACCCAAGGGGCGGGCUCGGGAAUCUGGGAAACCUCACGCUCCCCUUUGUGAUGUUGCUUGAGAAGGAAAAACCGAGUGACCUUUUCCUUUACCUCCGCCUGGGACCUUGCAGGCCAUCCCCCCUGAGUGACAAGCGGCCACUGCCCUCCUCUGGGAGUAGUGUGAAUGUUUACCCUGGUUCGGAGCAGGGGCACACAGGCCCCUUGGAAGCCUGCAUCCUUGGGUUUCUGGGGGUGAGCGAGCCUAUUCUGUGGGGUGAGCGCGCCCUCUGGAGGGAGAAGCUAGGAGUUACAGGGCUUGCGGAGGCCUGCAUCUGCUGUCUGAAUUCCGUUUUAAUUCAUGCCCUCUGACAAAGCAGUGAGAGCCCGGCAGUCACCUCCCCCGCUCAGUGGACCUCCUUGGUCCAGAGGCCCCAUUUCCUAAUGCCCACUGUUCGCCUGCUGCCACCUUCACUGCUAAUCAGCAUUUCCUCUUUCCCUGCCCCAGGUCUGUCCCGGCUCGGGUCCCGGCUCCGGUCCCAGCUCGCCAGAGCCCUGGGGCCGGGGCCAGAGUGUGCUCCUCCCCAGCCGCCCCCGCCCAGGACCCGCUCGCGGAGCGUCUGUGCUCGCUCUUUCCGUCUCACACUGCCCGCCCCGUCCCUGUGGGCCUGGCCCCGGCUACCUAGGGUGAGGAGCUGCCCGUCAUGUCCAGGCGGAGUGGAGUUACUGACUUUCGCCUCCGCUCCUCCCCUGCCCUUAAUAAACCUCGUCCCUGCAAGCCACAGGGCCAGUGGCAACUCCCCUAGGUGGCUCGGGGUCGCUGCCUGGGGUGGCUUAAUUCGUCAUGUGCAUGUCCGUGGUUCUCUGGAGGGACGCGGCGGGCCAGCACAGGCCCCGGGCUGACAGCACAUACGUCUCCAUCUGUUCUGCCUCAGGCAGCGUGGCUCUGUCUCUCAGGAAGGACUGAUUUCGGAGCCCACCAGCCCAGACCCAUUUCCCCGAAGUAUGAGGCCGGUCAGGCAGGAAGCACGUGGUUUCCUUUUUAUGCAUGAAAAGUAAAUCUGUACUUGAUAGGGUUAAAAUAUGGUCAGUUGUCUUUUUGUAACCUCCCACUUUAACCCCAUAAUUUAAGCCAAAUAGGAGUAUUUUACUCCACCUAAGACCUUCACUUGGAGGAGUAAUACCAUCCAUAAUUCUGGUCUCCAUCAUUUCCUACUUAAUUUUAGGGGAAAAGUAAGAGAAGAGGUCAAAGAGGGAGGGAACCUUUGUCCACACCUGGUGAGGUCUUGACUAGAGCGUUCCCCAAUCCAUAAGUCAUUUACCUUCUCCUUUGAAGUUCAGGAUCUGAGCUCAGAAGUGUAACUUGCGUGGCAAACUCAGUAGUUUACCAGAAAAUUUGGUGGGGCGGGGGCUAUGAAUUCACAGAUAAAGCAGUGAAAACAGGAUCUUUUCAAUUCAGACUGCCCCUUGCCACCAGGUCCCACCUGGCCUCCUACUUUUAGCUGAGACCUGAAAAUGACCCUGUGGUAGAGUCCCCGAGGUGGAAGGUCCCCAAGGCCUGGCUUAGUGGGCAGGGGGCACCUUUCCUCGCAGGUCCCAGCACCAGCUUGGGUUCCCGUGAGCCUCUUCUGCCCCCUGCUGAAGGGAAGCUUUGGUGGGCUGGAGCGCAUUCCCACGGGGACAGGGGCAACCCGUGCUCCUCAGGUCUGUCUCUUCACCUUUGCCACAGGCAGAGCCCAUGGCGAUAUAUUUUUCUGGUGGAUUUUUUUCAGGUGUCUUUGCCUGAGAAUCAGAAAUUUGUUGCUGUCUACCUUAACAUACCUAAUAAUUCUACUAUAUGGGGCAAUAAAUGCCUACUAGAUAAAAAAAAAAUACUCAGCAUAACUACGAUUUCCCACAGAUUUAUUUCCUUCUAGGUCUAGGCCAUGGGAGAGCUGUAGCACAUAGACCAGGUCAUACUUCGGAGGGCAGUGAAGGCUCUGAAGUGUGUGAGCGCCUGUGGGGAAGCUGGACGGCUAGCCCGUGAACUCAGAAGACGUGCUGGUCUUGGGGAGCCAUGUGGUGACAAGCCGCACACCCAAGGCUCCCCCUGCAGCCCUGUCGUUGUAGGACUCCUGGGAACAACCAAACCCCGAGGCUUGCGGUGUGGGGUGUGACAGGGAAAGGAGCUGGCUUGUCCUAGGUCCCCAGAGAUCAGGGUUUAGGCUGGGCUGAGCCAGGGCCAGGCAGAAAGAAGGUGGCUCAGUUCCAUGGUCGGGUGCUCAGACACUCAGCCCGAGGGGAGAACAAAAAAACCUCCCGCACCCAGGCCAGCUACCUUGCUUCACAGUGGAAAUGCUGGCCAGGCCUUGGCUGACAGAAGGCCAAGGGGCAGGGCCUGGCCCAGAAUGGUGGCCGCCCCGGAGUACCCCCCGUCGGCCUAGGGAGGCCCUGGUUUGCCUGCAGAUUCCUUGGUGCACAGUGAAGUGUGGAAAGAUGGGUGAGCGGGGAUCCUCCUGUCCCUGAAACCUAUGUCAGAGGUGCCGUCGGCAAGACUUGGCCCUGUGAGGUCUCAGGUCCACCUGCGCACAGGGGCCGGGGCAUUUGGCAGGGUCCUCGGCGGCUGGCCACAGCCGCUUCCGCUUUGGUGGAGCGAGUGAGGGUGGCACAGGGUGGUGGCCGGCUUCCCAGCUAAGUCAUGGAUGUCACAGGUACAAGCCUCAGAGCUGGGCCGUGCUUCAAGAGCAAGGAAGAAUCGGCAGCAAUGAUCUGCCGUUAUUCGGGCUUCAAAUGCAGAGAAAGGGCACCCACCGCCCCCCACCACCCCCCCGCCAUUGCCACGUGUCUCCCGCCGGCCGGUGGUGUAGGAAACCCACCCCGACCCAUGUUCCCAAGCAGCCCGCGCCCUGAAGCGCUGUGCUCCCAGCGCCUCGGUCUCCAAAGCCCCAGCCAGGACUGUCUUAAAUGAAAACGGCCCCAGUGAGAGGAUUCCACCCCGGUGCCUGCUGUCUCACGCAAGCGGAGCUGGACGUUCCGGAGCUUCCACUGCCCUUGGCCACGAGACCAAAGAAGGCCGGCUUGACAGUCCCCCCGGGGCCACCCCAUUUCUUGGCCCUCCCCGCCCUCUCACUGGUGAGCUGACUGGUCCGUGUGUGAGCCUCCGGGCAAGAGCAAGCGCACCUGUCACCGACAUAGGCCCUGCGGAAGAGUCCCUUCUGGAAGCCCCAGGCCUGCUCUGCCGCUCUUCCUCGCGGCCGGGCUCCGAGGUUCGUGGCUCCCCCCAAGGCUGGAACAAGGUCUCCGAUGCGGCCCCGGCCAAGCUUGAUCUGCUCUUUGUAUUCUUCCAAGUGAUUUUCUUUGUAAAAAUGAAGGGUUGUUUUUUAAGUACUGCUUUUUUAUUUGUUUUAAGGACCUUUAGGAAGGUCAGGCUUAUUCUCUGUCCUCCCCCAUGUAAGUUGUGAGGUGUUGGUUAGGUCCUGGUUCCUGAGAAAUGAUUUGCUGCUCUUCGGGAUGGGGCUUCAGAGGGGCUGGGUCCGGGACAGGGUACCCGCAGCUGCUGUGCUGGAGCCCCCGCUUCAUUUCACUGGACUCUGCCAAGAAUGCAGAAAUGACUGGAAAACUGUAAUGUCACUGGAUACUUAUUUAGAAAUAAAAGUGAAUGCUGCUGGAUCA